AUGUCUUCGCGACAUAAUUCUGAAGCUCAUCAACAAAUAGAAUCUCUCCAUUUGGUGAAAAGACCUUUGAAUUCAGAAGAUGGUAGCCACCAAGGGAGUUCUUUGACUCUAGGAGAUGGUUGUGAGCUUCUACCGAGUGAAAUGGUCGAGCGACUGUGUCAUUUUCCAAGUCUUCAACAUCUACAAGUGUCGUAUUGCCCCAAUGUGACGAGUCUAAGAAGAUUAAAUUGCGGCACCUGUCUUGAGAGUUUAAAAUUGUUUGACUGUGAUAAUUUGAGGGAGUUGCCGGAAAAUCUGUAUAAGUUCCAGGCCUUUCGUGAUUUGUCUAUACGGGUAUGCCCCCUAAUUGAUCUUGGAGAAAAUCGGAACGAUGGACAGAAAAGCCUCCUCAAGUCUCUCAAGAGUUUGACAAUUUCUGAUUGUGAUGGGUUGACCACUAUAGCCAGUGAAAUGCUAGAGUCCUGUUCACCUCUUCAGAGCCUUCAGGUGUAUGAAUGUCCCAAUCUGGUCUCCUUUCCACUUGAUUUGCAACAGACGCCUUCUCUCGAGACCUGCAUCUUAACCAAUUGCCCCGAAUUGAUCAAUGAUAUGCCCAAAGGAUUUGCCUUUCUUACUUGCUUAACGACAAUGAUGAUCGGGCCCUUCUCAGAUUACUCCUUGGUUGAUUGGUCUGGAUUACUAUCAUCAUCAACACUCUGUGAGCUUGAGUUAAAUGGGAUGUCUGAUAUGGAGUCUCUUCCACAUCAGCUCCAAUACUUGACUACUCUCACGUCACUAUCUCUAUUCGACUUUGGAAGAAUUAAAGCAUUACCACAUUGGAUUGGGAACCUUGCGUCUCUUGAAAGACUAGUAUUAGAGAGUUGCGAAGAGCUUCAAUAUUUGCCCUCCAUGGCUGCCAUGAGACGCCUCACUAAAUUAACAUAUCUGCGGAUUAUUGAUUGUUCUCUGUUAAUCGAUAGGUGCAAUUUUGAAAGUGGGGACGACUCAGAGUGGUCAAAGAUUUCACACAUGGAGCUUGAUAUUGAUUAA